CUUUCUGUCGGAACAUGGGGAAAUGAAAUAUGUCGGCAAAACAAUGAUUUGCUUUCGUUUUCAAGGGUUAAUUCCUUGAAUCUGAUCACGAUGAAGGAGAUGGUAGGAGGUUGCUGUGUUUGUUCAGAUGAGAGAGGUUGGGCGGAGAACCCCCUUGUAUAUUGUGACGGUCAGGGCUGCAAUGUAGCAGUUCACCAAGCUUGUUACGGAAUUGUACAUGUACCAAAGGGGCCUUGGUAUUGCAGAAAGUGCGAAUCACAGGAACGAACUGCUCGAGUUAAAUGUGAGCUGUGUCCCCAAAAGGAUGGUGCACUAAAACGAACUGACACAGGAGUUGCUUGGUGUCACGUGGUGUGUGCUUUAUUCAUACCAGAGGCUUGGUUCGCAAAUGUUCAGACCAUGGAGCCUAUUGUUUUAAAAAAUGUUCCUCCUGAAAGAUUUAAUAAAGUUUGUUAUAUAUGUGAAGAAAGUGGUCGGGUAGAUAAAGCUAACUCUGGAGCCUGCAUGCAGUGUAACAGGAAUGGCUGCAAGAUGAAUUUCCAUGUCACGUGUGCUCAGGCACAAGGACUUUUAUGUGAGGAGGCUGGUAACUAUGGCGACAAUGUGAAGUAUUGUGGGUACUGUGUCCACCAUUACAAAAAACUGAAGAGGGAUGCAAACAUAAAACAGAUUCCUGCAUUCAAGCCCAUUCCUGCAGACAAUGCAAGUCCUGAAAAGGGAGAUAAAUCUAGCAUAGUGUCAUCAGAUAUUCGUAGAGGGAAUAAAGCAGAAACAAAGGAGGGUUACAACACGAUGGGGCACCUGCUGCAGGGGAUCGAGAAGGACAAACACCCCUCCACUCCCCCCUUGUCUAAUGCUAGCAGUGGGAUAGGGACCUCUACCAUGUCCGAGACAUCGACAAUCAGCCCAACAGAAUCGCCCAAUCAGGAAGAGGAAAUUGAGAACAGAGCAUUCCCAAUUUGUCAAACCCCCCAAAAUGACAGAAUCAUUCUCCAUCGAUCUGUGUCAUCCGGGAGCUUGUCUUCAGUACAGAGUACAGAUCUUAGAUUACCAAGUGAACCAGGACCAAUGUUUUCAUCCUCUAGUGGCUUGGGCGGUGAAGCGUUAAGUGGCAGUUUUACAGGAUCAUUAGACAGUUUUAUAACAGGUGCAGCUCAAAAGAUCUCAACUAUGGGGAAAACUGCCUCACAGAGUGAUAAUGAAAUCGAUCAAACGGCAAGAAGGUCAAGAUCUCAAGAAAAGUUUGAAAAGAAAUUAAAGAGAACAAAGCAGCUGAACUCCGCAGGGGCCAAGAAACUGAACCGAAAUCCCUCAACAGAUAGCAAGGAUGCCUCACCCCCCGGGUCUCGUAAGGUCCGCAGAAAGCCCGAAAUCACCACUCCAAGUAUAGGGGCCAACUCCAGUCUAAGUCUGAAUAACUUCUCUGUGUUUGGAGGCAGCCCACAUUUCCAGAGUCUCAGUGCCCCGGGACCACUCAGCUUUUCUUUUACUCAGAAUGCCUCAAGCUCAAACCUCGGGUCAUAUAAUGAUCUCUCAGAUGGUGCAUGUGGACCACCAAAGAUAUUUCCUAGUCAGCAGUCACCACAAAAGGAGCCACCAAAUGGUGAGUUUCCGACAUCACUAGAGCAGUUGUUAGAGAGGCAGUGGGAACAAGGAUCUCAGUUUCUGAUGAAACAGGGAGAGCAUUUUGAUAUUGCCUCCCUUCUACACUGUCUACACCAGUUAAAAUCAGAGAACCAACAGCUGGAGGGUCACAUACAGUCCCUGUCUACGCGUCGCGACCACCUGCUGGCUGUUAACGCACGGCUAGGUGUUCCAUUCUCCUCCCCUCUACAUGCCGAAUCAUUCCUCAGUGCAGACAAAUCCUUAGAAAAGAAUACAGAAACAUCACUAGUGCAGGAUGUGACCUGUUUAACAGCUGACAAUCCAGUCCUGGCUGGAGGCUCCACCACAGUUCCCAUGACAAGUUCUGUCUCCUCCCUCCCAGCUAUGACAUCAUCGUUCAUCAGUAGUAAUCCCACACAAACCUCAUCAGUAUCAAAUACUCCAUUAAAUACAGUCAACACGCCUACGUCAAUGGAAGUGUCACCUUCCUCCUCAUCGAUACCAGACAAAAACAAACUGGAUGUGACAUGAACUGUUCUGUUAUGUCAUUAAAUUUUUGUUUUUAAUUAUUAAAUAUUUAAUUAUUUAUUGGAAAAUAAAGAAGGUUUUUUAAA